AUGUUCCAAGAAGGAAUUCGGGACAUUAUUAGUCAUGUCAAUCGUCAGAAACCGGCACUUGAUCUGUUUAUAGUCACCGGUGUAUGUCUGAAUGAAGAAGAUGCCCGCUUCAUUCUGGAUAACUGCAGAGCCACUCAUCACAUUCUACUUAAUUUCGAGUUUCCUCGAACUUUCCAGCAUGAUAUCAAACUGAGCUCAAGCGGUUUCGGGUGUAUUCAUUCGCAUUGGUUAACCAUUGACAAUCUCAUUUCGCUGGACUGUGCACUCAUUCAACUGUAUGGCUCAGAAUUCACGCAACAAGAUCUCAACCAGUUUGUCAAGCACUGGAUAGCUGGAGCAAAUCCCCGUUUGGAGGCCUUGCUUAUAUAUAGAAACUUACCAGAAAACGUGUUGCUUAACGAUCUGGACAUAGUGGACGGUGUUCAAUUCGUCCAAAUGGAUAGUACAGUCCGCCGACCUUAUUUAGUGUAAGUUAUCAAACGUUUCUUGCGAUCUGUUCAUUCUUUUAGGAAAGAGAAUAUGAUGCCACCGUGCAGAGUGAUUUGUUGCGACGGGUUCGAUAUCGAGAGAAAUGACGGAGCAAAAGCGACAAUCUACUUGGUCGCCGAAAUGUUCCUGUUCCUUGUUGGGCCUCUGCCAACCUCUCAAUGGCUCGAGAUUGAUCACCACGCUUAG